GCCAAUCUGCGAGCUGUGCCCGAGAGCACCAAAACUGUUGCACCGGAAGCCUUGCUGCCGUAAGAAACCAUCUUGUGCAUCACCACCAUCGUCGUCAAACGGGCUGUGAUUGGGCGCUGCUGAGUCACCGGCAAUCUACCUAUCGACCUCCCUGCAGCCGCGACAAUGGCGCCCUCCACGACGAGAUCCGGCAUUGCGACAGACGAGGCCAGCGGAGAGCGCCACAUCCCUGAGUCGAUCCGAGCCGACGGCAGCAAGCGCAAGGCCAUCAAGAUCCGUCCCGGCUACCAGCCCCCCGAGGAUGUCGAAGUCUACAAGAACCGAACCGCCGAAGCCUUUCGAGAGCGCGGGAAGCGGAUAGGAAUACCUGGCGCUGCGGCCCAGGACGAGAAGCCGGAUCAGGGCUCUGCCGCCAGCAAUAAGAACGCAAAGCGACGAGAGGCUCGGAAGAAGGCCAAGGCCUCGGGUGGUGACGGCGAAGGCGAGGCCAAGGCUGAUGCUGCUGCGGCGACCAUGGCGAAGGACGAACAGCCCAAGGCGGAAGAGGUCGACCCUGAGGUUGAGCGCGAGAAGAAGGCCAGGAGCCUCAAGAAGAAGCUCAAGCAAGCCAAGGAACUCAAGAUGAAGAAGGAUGGCGGCGAGGGCCUACUACCCGAACAGAUUGCAAAGGUCAUCAAGAUCAAUGAGCUUAUCCGCGAAUUGGACGCCCUUGGAUUCGAUGCCGACGGCGAACCGAAAAGCGACGCGAAAGAAGCCGCGGCAGAGAGUGGUGAGACCACGAAAUGA